UAAGAGAGCUUCUAAAGAUCUCCUCUCUCUCGCCCUCUCUCUCCCUCUCUCUCUUACAACAACUGCAACCUCCGAUUAGCUAAAAAAAAUUAACUUUUUUCUUCCUCUAGAAAAAGGAAAAUUGCGUUAAAAGAAAUCGAAGAGGAAAAAAGUCUCAUUAUUUUACCAGUUAGCAACAGCACAUGGCAAAAACCAUAGAAGCACAAAUAUCCUGAAACAAAUCAGCAAAAUUCAAAGCUUCUCAUACACCUGUAAUUCAACAUAGUACACAACUACCAGAGAAGUUGAUUCCUAUAUUAUUUACACUUACAACAAUCAGCGCAGUCAAGCUCAAUUCUUUGUUUAAAAUUGAGAAUUAUAGGGGCUCGGGGGUUAGUUUUGGCGGAAUGUUAAACUACGAUAUCUUGAUUCUUGAUUGGUAGCUGUUGGAGCAGGAAGUUUGUGUAUUUUGUUUUCUUGGUUCUGUAUUUCUUGGAAAAGGGUGUGUUUUGGAAGACAAAGGAAAGAGCCUUUUUAUGGCUUCUUCUGAGAGAUGGAUUGAUGGUCUUCAGUUCUCAUCCUUGUUCUGGCCACCUCCACAAGAUGCUCAACAACGAAAGGCACAAAUUACUGCCUAUGUUGAGUACUUUGGGCAGUUUACAUCAGAACAAUUUCCUGACGAUAUUGCUGAGCUGAUUCGUAAUCGUUAUCCAUCAAGGGAAAAACGCCUUUUUGAUGAUGUCUUGGCUACGUUUGUCCUCCAUCAUCCUGAGCAUGGGCAUGCUGUUGUUCUUCCAAUUAUUUCAUGUUUAAUAGAUGGCACACUGGUGUAUGAUAGGAGUACACCUCCAUUUGCUUCUUUCAUUUCCUUGGUCUGCCCAAGCAGUGAGAAUGAAUAUUCUGAACAAUGGGCUCUGGCAUGUGGAGAAAUUUUGCGAGUUUUGACUCAUUACAAUCGCCCAAUAUAUAAGAAGGAACAACAGAAAAGUGAAACAGAGAAAAGUGGUGGUGGAGAGGAUGCUGUGAAUGGUGGCUUAGCAGAUGGGGAAUCCAGCCACACACCUCCAGCACAACAAGAGAGGAAACCUUUAAGGCCUUUGUCACCCUGGAUCACUGACAUUUUACUUACUGCACCUCUCGGAAUCAGAAGUGACUACUUCCGUUGGUGCAGUGGUGUCAUGGGUAAAUAUGCUGGUGGAGAGCUCAAGCCGCCAACAACUGCUUCAUCUCAUGGAUCGGGGAAGCAUCCUCAACUCAUGCCAUCAACCCCAAGGUGGGCUGUAGCAAAUGGUGCUGGGGUUAUAUUAAGUGUGUGUGAUGAUGAAGUGGCUCGUUAUGAGACUGCUACAUUAACUGCAGCUGCUGUUCCUGCGCUUCUACUUCCUCCUCCAACAACAGCUUUGGAUGAACAUCUAGUUGCUGGUCUACCAGCUCUGGAGCCAUAUGCACGUUUAUUUCAUCGGUAUUAUGCCUUUGCAACUCCAAGUGCCACCCAACGACUUCUUCUAGGACUUCUAGAGGCACCACCUUCUUGGGCACCUGAUGCACUUGAUGCUGCUGUACAGCUUGUGGAACUUCUUCGAGCUGCUGAAGAUUAUGCAUCUGGAAUAAGACUUCCCAGGAACUGGAUGCACUUGCACUUUUUGCGUGCAAUUGGAAUUGCAAUGUCCAUGAGGGCAGGAAUAGCUGCUGAUGCUGCUGCAGCUUUACUUUUUCGCAUACUUUCACAGCCUGCAUUGCUAUUUCCUCCUUUAAGGCAAGUUGAGGGAAUGGAAGUCCAUCAUGAACCUUUGGGUGCUUAUAGUUCAAGCUACAGGAAGCAGAUAGAAGUGCCAGCAGCUGAAGCAACUAUUGAAGCAACAGCUCAGGGAAUUGCCUCCAUGCUUUGUGCCCAUGGUCCUGAGGUUGAAUGGCGAAUUUGCACCAUAUGGGAAGCUGCUUAUGGUCUGCUUCCUUUGGGUUCCUCUGCAGUUGAUCUUCCUGAAAUCAUUGUGGCAGCUCCAUUGCAGCCUCCUAUAUUAUCAUGGAACCUGUACAUACCUCUUCUUAAGGUCUUGGAAUACCUUCCUCGUGGAAGUCCAUCUGAAGCAUGUCUGAUUAAGAUAUUUGUUGCUACUGUUGAAGCUAUACUUCAGAGAACAUUUCCACCUGAGUCUUCCAGAGAACAAACCAGAAAAGCAAAAUAUCUUUUUGGCUUGGGGUGUGCCUCCAAAAACCUUGCUGUGGCAGAACUUCGUACAAUGGUCCAUUCACUCUUUCUAAAAUCAUGUGCUUCUGUAGAGCUUGCUUCACGCCUACUAUUUGUUGUUUUAACCGUGUGUGUUAGUCAUGAAGCUCAAUCCAAUGGGACCAAGAGACCAAGAGGUGAGGAAAAUUUUCAACCCGAUGAUGGCAAUGAGGACUGGCAACUGACAUCUGAAGCACAUAGCAAAAUGAAACCUAGAAAGAUAAAAAAACAAGGUCCUGUUGCAGCAUUUGAUUCUUAUGUUCUUGCUGCUGUAUGUGCUCUUGCCUGUGAGCUUCAAUUGUUCCCUUUUGUUUCAAGUGGCAAUAAUCAUUCAAGUUCCAAUGAUUUAGAUACUCUGGCCAAGUCUAUGAAAAUGAACGGAUCUAUCAGGGAGUUCCAAAAUAGUAUUGAUUCUGCAGUUCAUCACACUCAUAGAAUCUUAGCAAUACUGGAGGCACUUUUCUCUUUGAAACCGUCUACUGUUGGUACCUCCUGGAGUUACAGUUCAAAUGAGAUAGUAGCUGCUGCUAUGGUUGCUGCUCAUGUUUCUGAACUAUUCCGACGAUCAAAGGCAUGCAUGCAUGCUCUGUCUGUUUUGAUGCGGUGCAAGUGGGAUAAUGAAAUUUACACCAGAGCUUCAUCAUUAUACAACCUCAUUGAUAUUCACAGCAAAGCUGUUGCAUCAAUAGUUACCAAGGCUGAGCCGUUAGAGGCAUACUUGCAUGUGCCAGUUUGGAGAGAUUCCCUUGUGCAUUUUGAUGGAAAAAAGAGAAACAGAAGUUCAAGCGCUAGCUGCUUUGAUUCAGGGCAGUCAUCUGCUUCACAGCGUGAAGAAUCAGCUCAUUCAGAUAGUAAGAUUGGAACUGAGAGAUUACAAUCUGGAGAAGGUUCAGGAAGUACAUUGGGCAACAGUAUUGCAGGUUUCCCAUUAGAUGCUUCAGAUUUGGCCAAUUUUUUGACAAUGGACCGGCACAUUGGUUUCAAUUGCAGUGCUCAAGUUUUUUUAAGAUCAGUGCUUGCGAAGAAACAAGAGUUGUGUUUCUCUGUUGUCUCACUGCUAUGGCACAAAUUGAUUUCUGCACCUGAAACUCAACCUAGUGCAGAAAGCACUUCUGCCCAGCAAGGAUGGAGACAGGUUGUUGACGCUCUGUGCAAUGUUGUAUCAGCAACGCCCACAAAAGCAGCUGCAGCAGUUGUCCUUCAGGCGGAGAAGGAAUUGCAACCUUGGAUUGCCAAAGAUGAUGAUCAGGGUCAGAAGAUGUGGAGAAUCAACCAGCGAAUUGUCAGAUUGAUUGUGGAACUGAUGAGAAAUCAUGACACACCAGAGUCGUUAGUAAUUUUGGCAAGCGCAUCAGACCUACUUCUACGUGCCACAGAUGGGAUGCUUGUUGAUGGAGAAGCUUGCACUUUACCACAGCUGGAGUUACUAGAAGCAACAGCUAGAGCAGUUCAGCCUGUGUUAGAAUGGGGAGAAUCUGGAUUCGCGGUUGCGGAUGGUCUUUCAAACCUGUUAAAGUGUCGUCUACCAGCUACUAUCCGAUGCCUUUCUCAUCCAAGUGCUCAUGUCCGCGCUGUGAGCACAUCAGUUCUUCGUGGUAUUUUGUACACUGGUUCAAUUAAACGUACUUCUAAUCGAGUGGAUAUAAAUGGCAUUCGUGGUCCAUCAUAUCAGUACUUUAACAUAGAUGUCACUGAUUGGCAAACUGAUAUAGAGAAGUGCUUAACUUGGGAAGCACAUAGCCGACUUGCAACAGGGAUGCCUAUUCAGUUUCUUGAUACUGCUGCCAAGGAAUUAGGUUGUACUAUAUCCAUUUGACAUCAGAUAGCUUUUGGUAACCAUUUCAGUUUCAGUACUGUUUGUAUUUUUUUUCUUUUGUUUUGCCUGAGUGAGACCCUACACAUAGAAAACAACCGUAUUAAUUGGAUCUAAGAACAUGUGGUCAGAGAAGCAACUUCUACUUUACUCUUCUAGGAUUUAAGGCUCAAGGAUAAUAGUGUAUAUAGUGAAACAGUCAACAGGGCCAUGAUUAAAUUUAAUGAUAUGUUUUAAUUUAUCCAGCUAA